CAUAAUUAUUUGGUAUCACAGGAUGAGAUCGGUGACACUAGAUGUGAUAUGUGAUAUUGUGGACAAACCAUUAGUUACCUUGGCACACUGAUGAGCUACACCCAACACUCCAGCAAUGUCGCUUGCGUACCUUGGCCUAGCAUUUCUCCUCUAUUUUUCUCAUGUUCGAAGUGAUGAUGACGAGGAUGUCAAAGGACCUCUGAUGUUCAAGAACCCGGAUGGCAGUCUCAUGAAUACAAAGCAGCAGAUAGAGGCUCAUAAGUACAAGGGUGAAUCACACACAGUGACAACUGAUGAUGGCUACGUACUGACUCUCUUCAGAGUCACCCCCGCCAAGCAACCUGCCACUGUAGUUCUACUGCAGCAUGGUCUAUUGGCCUCAUCUGAUUGUUGGGUGUCUGACAAUCGUUCACUUGCGUUCACGUUGUCGGAUGCUGGGUACGACGUGUGGAUUAACAACGCCAGAGGAAACUGCUACUCUCGUAACCACACCAAGCUGAACCCAGACAAGGAUAAGAGCUUCUGGAACUUCAGCUGGCAUGAAAUGGGGACAAAAGAUGUACCUGCAGUGAUUGACUACAUCCUCAAGACCACAGGCCAGAGCAAGCUACAUCUGAUAGGUCAUUCGAUGGGAACUACCAUGAGCUUUGUAAUGACCUCUCUCAAGCCAGAAUACAACAACAAACUGAUGUCACUGCAGGCUCUCUCACCAGCUGUGUUCCUCAGCAAAGUGACGGAGAUGAUCGGUCCCGAUGGCAUGGUGGAGGCAAUGGCUGUUCAGUACAUGGACCAGAUCAAGGCAGCAGAUAAGUGGGAGAUGUUUCCUCGUAAGGACUUUGCCACCAACAACAAAACACAAGUCACCUGCGAUGACAUAGAAGAGAACAUGGUAGACAUGUGCAAGGACAAGAUGGAGAUGGCUCAUGAGAUUUUGGGCGGUGCCUAUUUUCCAGCUGGUCAGUCUGUAAAGACAGUCAUUCACUUCCAACAGAUGGGUGUGUUAGGUAACAUGAACUAUUUUAAGUAUGACACACCUGAAGAGAAUGAGAAGAUCUAUGGGUCUAAGGAACCUCCAUCUUAUACCACAAACUUCAAGACUAUCAGUGUACCUACAGUGUUAUGGUCAAGUGAAUUUGACAGCUUGAUCAUGUAUAAGGAUGUAGAUGACCUGAAGCCUCUUUUGGGUAAUUUAGUCGCUGACAACAGAAUCCCGGAGGAGUGUUUUGACCACUUGGCCUUUGCGUUCGCAAGGAAAGUCGCAUGUUUGCCCGUCAGGGAAAAUCUCUACAAGAACAUCCUCGCUUCUCUGAAGAAGUUUGAGUAGAAUUUGAAAUGGCUUCUCUCUUACAAAUAUAUGUUUU